CGACGUUGUUGACAGUUUCACACCCAGGGCCGGAUUUUUGUGAUAAAAUUGCAAAUCUUUAUUAUUUUUAGGCGUGGUUCUAAAUUUUACAGGAAACAAAACAAAGUACUGAAUUAUUAAUUGUCUAGCUAUGGAUGGAAAACUACCUGCAUGUGUUAUAGACGUGGGUACUGGGUAUACAAAAUUAGGGUUUGCGGCAAAUAAAGAGCCGCAGUUUAUAAUACCUUCAGCAAUAGCAAUCAAAGAAACUGCAAAAGUAGGUGAUACAACAAGUCGUAGAUUAAAUAAAGGGGUGGAAGAUCUCGAUUUUUUCAUUGGAGAUGAAGCCUUUGAUGCCACAGGAUACGCUGUUAAGUACCCAGUUCGUCACGGUCUAGUUGAAGAUUGGGAUUUAAUGGAAAAGUUUCUGGAACAAUGUAUAUUUAAGUAUCUUCGUGCUGAACCGGAAGAUCACUACUUUCUUCUAACGGAACCUCCUCUGAAUACUCCCGAGAACAGAGAAUACAUAGCAGAAAUAAUGUUUGAAUCAUUUAAUGUACCAGGAUUGUACAUAGCAGUUCAAGCUGUUUUAGCUUUAGCUGCCAGUUGGACAAGUAGAAGUAUACAGGAAAGAACACUUACUGGUAUUGUUAUUGAUAGUGGAGAUGGUGUUACUCAUGUUAUUCCAGUUGCUGAAGGUUAUGUAAUUGGAAGUUGCAUUAAGCACAUACCUAUAGCUGGUAGAAAUAUAACUUAUUUUAUCCAGUCUCUUCUGAGAGAAAGAGAAAUAGGAAUACCCCCUGAACAAUCUCUAGAAACUGCCAAAGCAAUAAAAGAAAAAUACUGUUAUAUAUGUCCUGAUAUAGCUAAAGAAUUUUCGAAAUAUGAUUCUGAUCCUGCAAAAUGGAUGAAAAAAUAUGAAGGAAUCAAUUCUGUAACAAAACAUCCCUUCAAUGUUGAUGUGGGAUAUGAGAGGUUUUUAGGACCUGAGAUAUUUUUCCAUCCCGAAUUUUCUAAUCCAGAUUUUAAUAUCCCUUUAUCUCAGAUUGUUGAUGAUGUUAUUCAGAAUUGUCCUAUUGAUGUUCGUAGACCACUCUAUGAUAAUAUUGUGCUUUCUGGAGGGUCUACUAUGUUUAAAGAUUUUAGCAGAAGGUUACAAAGAGAUAUUAAAAGAACUGUUGAUGCAAGACUGAAGCUUAGUGAGACCCUUGGAGGAGGGAAGUUAAAGCCUAAGCCCAUUGAUGUCCAAGUGAUUUCCCAUCAUAUGCAACGGUAUGCUGUAUGGUUUGGAGGAAGUAUGUUAGCAUCAACGCCUGAAUUCUAUGCUGUUUGCCAUACUAAAGAAGAUUAUGAAGAAUACGGCCCCAGUAUCUGCAGGCACAAUCCAGUAUUUGGUACAAUGACAUAACUUGUAUUAUAUUUAUAUAUUAAAAAUAAUUUUUAUACUUCCUUUAAACGUAUUGAUAGCGUUUUUGAUUGUUAAAUAUAGGUUCCGAUUUUAAACAGUCAAUAAAAUUUUAUUUAUUA